AUGGAGCAAAUUCUGGCGGACGAGGCGCGGGGGGAUGUGCUUGUGAUCGACGGCCGGCAGGUGGCGGGCGGCGGCGACGUGGCGGCUCUGUGGAGCGCGUGCGAGGAGAGGGUGGCCGUUAGGGGCGCGCGCAGCGUGGAGUGGAGGGCAGAGGGCGUGCUGCGCAAGAAGCUCACCACACCGCAUGCCAUCUCGCAGGCAGCAUGGGUGCGAAUGCACGGGGAGGCGGCGCUCUCAUCACUCGCGCUGCUGCACGCGCAUGGCCUCACACUCGCCGCCACCAAUGGUGACAUGCACGAGAUGCCGCUGCCCUUCGCCUGCUCGCGCCUCUGGCCCCUCCCCAUCGGCCUGCUGCUGCAGCCCCUGCCGUCCCAGCCGUCUCUGCAUUCCCUGCCCACACAAACACACGCCUUCCCCCCAUCUACACCUCUCCCCAUGCACCCCCUCUCCCCUUUCGCCUCCGCACCUUUUCCGGCCUCCCCUCCAUUCGCCUUCCCCAUCCCCACUGCCACUGCUCCCUUCCCCUCGCCCGCCUCCCCCAUUCCGUUCCCGGCUCUCUCCCCCCACACGUCUGCCAUCACCCCCUCCCUACCUGCUCCUGCCACUGCCGCCACCGCCGGUGCUGGUGGGGCAGCUGGCGGGCAGGCAGGGCGGGCAGCGGGUGGCGCGAUGGGUGCUGUUGACUGGGCGGAUGGGGCAGUGGGUGGGGCGCACAUGGGGGGUGCUUUCAUGGAGGCAGGGUGCUUCACGCUCUCACAUGCUCAUGAGGAACUGCAGCCAGUGGCCAUGGAGGUCGGGCCACCGUGGCAGCAGGGAGGGGGCGAGGAGGUGCUGUGGUCAUCCACCGAGGUGCCGCUGCUCGCCACCUUCAACCACGCAACCUGUCUUUCACUGGCAACUUCAUGUGCGUCCACACCAUCAUGUGCGGCCACACCAUCAUGUGCGUCCACACCAUCAUGUGCGUCCACACCAUCAUGUGCGUCCACACCAUCAUGUGCGUCCACACCAUCAUGUGCGUCCACACCAUCAUGUGCGUCCACACCAUCAUGUGCGUCCACACCAUCAUGUGCGUCCACACCAUCAUGUGCGUCCACACCAUCAUGUGCGUCCACACCAUCAUUUGCGUCCACACCAUCAUGUGCGGCCACACCAUCAUUUGCGUCCACACCAUCAUGUGCGGCCACACCACACCAUCAUGUUCACUCCAACCAUUGCUUCACUUCCCACCGUCCAUCCUCUCACCACUCUUAUGCACACUCCAUGCUCAAGUGGCCCAUCUACUCUCCGCCUUCCCCCUUUGCGCACACCACAACCCUUCCCCCCUCAGCCCGCCGCCAGCACUCCGUGUGGCACCUGCGCUACCUCCCGCACCGCUUCCUGCACCAAUCACCUGACGCCACGUCAGCAGCAGAGCUGGACCCGCUACUUGCCGGGCUGAGCCCCGUGUCUCCUGCAACAGCUGCAGCUGCUGGGAGGGCGGGGGGCCAGGAGAGCAUGUCGGCAGGGAGAGGGGGCGGUGGGGGUGGGGGGGAUGCAGGCAUGGUGGGCGAUCUGAGGCUGCAGGCGGGGGCGAGGGGAUGUGGGGGGGAGUGUGGGCAGUGGGGACAGGCGGGGGCGAGGAGGGGGAAGAGGAGGCGCGGCAGGCCCCGCCAGCGCUUGUGGGUGCGACACGUGGCGUAUGGGGGGGCAGGGAACGGUCCGGGCAAAGGGGAGGCGGAGGAGGAGGAGAGCAGGGCCGAUGGGGAAGGGGGGAGUGGGGGAGGCGGGAAUGAGGGCAGCGGGAGGGUGGUGCACAUGGAGGGGCGGCGCUGCUGGUCGGUGGAGGCUGUCUCCGCUGUGGCUCUGAGCCACACAGCUCCCGUCACCCCUCUGCACCGCAUCAAUCGCUUUCUCCUGGUUGCGGACUGGCAUGGCUCGCUCACGCUGAUGGUGGGUCAUCACAGCCACCUUGCUUCCACUGCCUUGUACCACACACGCACCACUCAAUGUAUCCCUGGAGCACCUCACAGGCACCUCACAGGCACCUGA